CCUAGUCACCGAUGCCGUCUACCUCAGAAACCUUGCUCCUCUCCACCGUCCUCCUCUUGCUAACUCCUCUCAUUCACGCAGCCCCUUCCAUCAUCAACAAGACAUGCCGUGACACAUGCGGCACAAUCCCGGUGAAGUUCCCAUUCGGAACCGGAUUCGGCUGCGGCCACCCGGACUUCACUAGGUAUAUCAAAUGCACCAACUUGGACACUCUUCAGUUCACCACUGGAACCGGCAUUUACACCAUUUCCUCUAUAGACUACACUAGCAACACUAUCAUAGUCGCCGACCCGCUAAUGUCAACAUGCUCCUCCAUGCAAAACUCGGGUAGCUUCAGCUUGGACAAAGCCAGCCCUUUCACUAUAAGAGAUGAAAACAUCUUUGUUCUUCUCGGCUGCUCCACCACCUCUCCUGUUUUUGAUUCUAGUGAAGAUCUGUGUGACACCGGCUCGGGUUCUCGGGUUUGUAGAGGGUUGUACUCCUGCAAAGGGGUGUCCGGUAUAGGGUUGCAGCGGAAUGCGCCGAUAUCUACUUGUUGUGUUUAUGAUGAUUCUGGUGCAGGGUUUGGGUCAGGUUAUGCUUUGGAUCUUCCCAAGCUGCAAUGCUCGUCUUAUACAUCGGUUUACGAGUUUGGAGACGAAGGGGAUCCGACGAAAUGGAAAUUUGGGAUUUCUUUGCAGUAUAACGAUUCUUACUAUACUAGGCCCUGCAAAGAUUGUGAGGCGAGUGCAGGGUUGUGUGGCUUUGCUUCUAUGGAUCAGUCUUUUGCUUGUAUUUGCCGGAGUGGAAUGAAUACCACCACAAAUUGCUUUGGUCAAGGGUCUGCUUGGAGUGGGACAAUGGAGCUCAAAGUUCAAAUUAAAACCAUUAUUGGAGGACUUUUGCUCUCAUGGGUCUUACCAUCUGUAAGGAGGAGAUAGGAAGCUUGCUUCUAACAUUUUGGGUACGUAAACUGGAAAAGAAGAUUCAGGUUUCCUGAGCUGUUGGAAGCAUUAGUUAUCAAUUUCGUGUCGAAGGCAGCUCUACUAUAUCAAUCUCUCAUUUCAUAUGCAAUGUAACAAAUAUGUUGAUCUCCCAUCCUUUCCUAUGCGGCACUAAUUUUGACAAUCAUUAUGUCCAGUAAUUACAGACUAGCUACAACGUUCA